UUCCAGACCCCCCGGGGGUAUGUAGGCAGAGCUAGCGGCAGCCAGGUGUGCUGAGCCACAAGAGCUCUAGGGCACUCUGGGGGCAGCUCUGCCUGCUGCGCUCUCUGGUGCAGGGGGAGAUGCCCAACUGACGAGCGAGCUGGUGAGGACAAGAACGUUCCCUUUUGGCCCGAGUCCGCUGCAUCCAUGGCGCUGCCGGCCAGUCUGGUGCCCCUGUGCUGCUUGGCACUUCUGGCGCUGCCGGCCCAGAGCUGCGGGCCGGGCCGGGGGCCGGUUGGCCGGCGCCGCUACGUGCGCAAGCAGCUCGUGCCGCUGCUCUACAAGCAAUUUGUGCCCAGCGUGCCCGAGCGGACCCUGGGCGCCAGUGGGCCGGCCGAGGGGAGGGUGACAAGAGGCUCUGAGCGCUUCCGGGACCUGGUGCCUAACUACAACCCCGACAUCAUCUUCAAGGAUGAGGAGAACAGUGGUGCAGACCGCUUGAUGACCGAGCGUUGUAAAGAGCGCGUGAACGCGCUGGCCAUUGCGGUGAUGAACAUGUGGCCCGGAGUGCGCCUACGGGUGACCGAGGGCUGGGACGAGGACGGCCACCACGCUCAGGACUCACUUCACUACGAAGGACGUGCCCUGGAUAUCACCACGUCCGACCGCGACCGCAAUAAGUAUGGGUUGCUGGCGCGCCUGGCAGUGGAAGCCGGCUUCGACUGGGUCUAUUACGAGUCCCGCAACCACGUCCACGUGUCUGUCAAAGCCGAUAACUCACUGGCGGUCAGGGCAGGCGGCUGCUUUCCGGGAAAUGCCACCGUGCGCCUGCGGAGCGGCGAGCGGAAGGGGCUGCGGGAACUGCACCGCGGUGACUGGGUGCUGGCGGCAGACGCGGCAGGCCGGGUGGUGCCCACGCCCGUGCUGCUCUUCCUGGACCGGGACUUGCAGCGCCGGGCCUCUUUCGUGGCUGUGGAGACCGAGCGGCCCCCGCGCAAGCUGUUGCUCACUCCCUGGCACCUGGUGUUCGCCGCUCGAGGGCCCGCGCCCGAGCCAGGCGACUUUGCACCGGUGUUCGCGCGCCGGCUGCGCGCUGGGGACUCGGUGCUGGCGCCAGGUGGGGACGCCCUUCGGCCUGCGCGCGUGGCCCGAGUGGCGCGGGAGGAAGCCGUGGGCGUGUUCGCACCGCUCACAGCGCACGGGACGCUGCUGGUCAAUGAUGUCCUGGCCUCGUGCUACGCGGUUCUGGAGAGUCACCAGUGGGCGCACCGCGCCUUUGCUCCUCUGCGCCUGCUGCACGCGCUGGGGGCGCUGCUUCCGGGGGGGGCCGUCCAGCCAACUGGCAUGCAUUGGUACUCUCGGUUCCUCUAUCGCUUGGCGGAGGAGCUGCUGGACUGAGCGCUCCAGGCAUAGAAACCUCGUGGCACCUGCCUAAACGGGAGUG